AUGCCACAGACACCUCCCUUUGCAGCUAUGUUUGACAGCAGUGGCUACAACAGGAACCUGUAUCAGUCAAAAGAGGACAACUGUGGAGGGCUCUAUUACCAUGACAACAAUCUUCUGUCAGGUUCUCUGGAAGCUCUGAUCCAGCACUUAGUACCCAAUGUAGAUUACUAUCCUGAUAGGACAUACAUCUUCACCUUCCUUCUCAGUUCACGUCUCUUCAUGCAUCCAUACGAGCUCAUGGCCAAAGUCUGCCACCUGUGCAUUGAGCAGCAGAGACUAAGUGAGCCUGGCCUGGACAAAAACUGGAUACAAAAAAUAGCACCAAAAAUCCUACAGUUGUUGACUGAAUGGACAGAGACUUUUCCUUAUGAUUUCCGAGAUGAAAGAAUGAUGAGGAACUUAAAGGAGUUGGCACAAAGAAUAGCCAGUGGUGAUGAGAUGUAUCGGAAGAAGGUCCAGCAGCUCCUGCAGAACCUGAUCCGGAAGCUCACAGCUGUCAGCCAGUAUGAGGAAGUACUUGCAAAAAUUGAUGCCACAUCCACAGAUCGCCUCACAGUUCUGAAGACCAAGCCCCAGUCCAUCCAGAGGGACAUAAUCACAGUCUGCAAUGAUCCCUAUGUGUUAGCUCAGCAGCUGACACACAUAGAGCUUGAGAGACUCAAUUAUAUUGGACCAGAAGAAUUCAUCCAGGCAUUUGUGCAAAAGGAUCCUUUGAAUAAUGAUAAGAGCUGCUAUGGAGAUCAAAAGAAGACUCGGAAUCUUGAAGCCUAUGUGGAAUGGUUUAACAGGCUCAGUUACUUGGUUGCAACAGAAAUCUGCAUGCCUGUGAAGAAGAAACACAGAGCAAGAGUGAUCGAAUAUUUCAUUGAUGUGGCACGAGAAUGUUUUAACAUUGGCAACUUUAACUCCUUAAUGGCUAUUAUUUCUGGCAUGAACAUGAGUCCUGUGUCUCGAUUAAAGAAAACCUGGGCAAAAGUGAAGACAGCCAAGUUUGAUAUUCUUGAGCAUCAGAUGGACCCUUCUAGCAAUUUUUGUAAUUACCGAACUGCUCUGCGUGGAGCCACUCAAAGGUCCUUGACAGCUCACAGUAACAGAGAGAAGAUUGUAAUACCUUUCUUCAGCCUCUUGAUCAAAGAUAUUUACUUCCUCAAUGAGGGUUGUGCCAAUCGUCUUCCAAAUGGACACGUCAAUUUUGAAAAAUUCUGGGAAUUGGCUAAACAAGUCAGUGAAUUUAUGACAUGGAAGCAAGUGGAAUGUCCUUUUGAAAGGGAUUGGAAGAUUCUGCAGUACUUGCUCACUGUCCCAGUCUUCAGUGAUGAUGCACUUUACUUGGCUUCCUAUGAGAGUGAAAGUCCUGAGAAUCACAUUGAAAAGGACAGAUGGAAGACACUAAG